AUGGGAGCGGUAGUUCUCUGCCGGCCCUCCGCACUGGAGCCGUCAAAGUGUGACAACAGUCACUGUCCGCAAGUGGACCCCAAGAUGUUGAACGUACAUCUGGUGCCACACACUCACGAUGACGUCGGAUGGCUCAAGACUGUCGACCAAUACUUCUAUGGCUCGCGAACUAACAUUCAAAAGGCAGGCGUUCAGUAUAUCAUCGAUUCCGUGGUUCACUCACUGUUGAGGAAUGAGACCCGAAAGUUCAUAUACGUUGAAACGGCAUUCUUCUGGAAGUGGUGGGUAUUACAGACACCCGAGCUUCAGGAGAAAGUCAAGAAGUUGGUCAACGAUGGUCAAUUGGAGUUCAUAAACGGUGGCUGGUGUAUGAAUGAUGAGGCGGCCGCACACUACCAGUCCAUUGUGGAUCAGAUGACAUGGGGUCACCGACGUCUUCAGGACACGUUUGGCACGUGUGGUAUACCAAAGAUCGGGUGGCAGAUCGACCCCUUUGGUCACAGUCGAGAACAGGCGUCCCUUUUCGCACAGAUAGGCUUUGAU